AUGGGCUUUCAGCCGACCGUUUCAAAUAUCGCGAAUUGUAACGAAACCAAAAAGGUGUUGCAGGCCACACGAAGUUCAAAACAAGAUGCUGAAAAAUUCCUUCGCAAAUAUGAAGAAGAAGGUGAAAAGUAUUAUUAUCAGUCGGCCUGGUCAAGAUGGAAAUUUUACCUUCACAUUAACGAUGCAAACCAGGCGGUCAUGGAAGAAGCGCAGAUGAACCAAACGAACUUCGACGCUAUUCAAGCAAAUAAAGCUCUAGCAUUUAGACCCUUCUCAAGGUUCGAAUACGAAACAAGAAGACGGUUAGAGAAGAUUUCAGACAUCGGUCUGUUCUUUGAUGAUUCGCAAGCGCAGGAAUUCAACCGCGAUGUGAAUCAGAUGAGUAAAAUCUACAGCAAUGCUUACGUUUGCAACGUAGUAAAUCCAAAUUGUUACAACGAUCCAACCGCUACUGCUGAUCAUUGGGAAUUCGAUCCAACGUUGGCCAAUCUCAUGUUCGAGUCUAGGGAUUACGAUUUGCUUGAGUAUAUUUGGAAGCAGUGGCGUCAAGAAACCGGCAUGAAAGAACUGCCCUAUUAUCGAGAUUACGUUAAAUUAGGCAACGAAGGAGCAAAGAAGGGCAAUUAUUCAAACAUGGGCGAAUGGUGGCGUUCAUCUUAUGAAGAUCCCGACUUCGAAACACAACUGGAAAAUCUGUGGGCGGAAGUGCUUCCUUUCUACGAAGAACUGCACUCGUACAUAAGAAGGAACCUGAUGGAGAAAAUAUAUCCAAACCGUUUCAAUACGACGGCGAUCCCGGCUCACAUUCUGGGCAACAUGUGGGCACAAGAAUGGACAGCGCUUUUUAAAGACACAGCACCGUACCCCGAUCUACCGUCGGUUGACGUGACGGAAACGAUGAAACAAAAAAAGUACACACCACUGAAGAUGUUUGAAACCGCUCAAGACUUUUUCAACAGCAUUGGACUAUUCAACAUGACACCUGAAUUUUGGAAAUACUCCAUGCUGGAAAAGCCUAAGAACAGAUCAGUUGACUGCUGGCCAACGGCUGAAGAUUUUGGCAACAGAAAGGAUUUUACUAUCAAGAUGUGCACUGUUGUUAACAUGAUAGAUCUGGUCACUGUACACCACGAAAUGGGUCACAUCGAGUAUUACAUGUCGUAUAUGAACCAGCCGCUGGAAUUCAAAGAAGGUGCAAAUCCGGGAUUUCAUGAAGCCAUAGGCGACACCAUUGCACUAUCAGUUAAUACUCCAAAUCACUUGGAAAGUAUUGGUUUGCUCCAACAGACCGAAGAGAAAGACAGAAAGAAGCAACAUUUGAACUUCCUCUAUAACAUGGCGUUAAGCAAAAUAGCGUUUCUUCCAUUCGGAUAUCUGAUCGAUUUGUACAGAUGGAAAAUUUUCAGUGGCUCAGUGCCUUCGGACCAAUGGAAUACCGAAUGGUGGAAACUGCGAUAUAAGUAUCAAGGAUUGGUUCCGCCUGUUCCAAGAACGAACCGCGAUUUUGAUGCUGGCGCCAAAUAUCACGUGCCUAAUGACGUUCCGUACAUAAGAUAUUUCGUAGCAGCCAUUAUACAAUUUCAGUUCCAGAAAGCGCUCUGCGAAGCGGCUGGCCACAAGGGUGCCCUAAGUGACUGCGAUAUUUACAAAAGUAAAGCAGCAGGAACAAAAUUGAAAAACAUGUUGUCGAUGGGCUCGUCUAAACCGUGGCAAGAUGCGAUGGAAGUGAUCGCGAAUACAAGAAAAAUGUCAGCCCAGCCGAUGUUAGAGUACUUCAAAGAGAUCAGAGAUUGGUUACAUCAGCGGAAUAGUGAAGCUGGCGAUUGUUACGGAUGGGGAUAUGAAUGGCCGGCAUCAUACAAUCUUCCGCAACCUAGAUGUGGCAAAUUUGUCCAACCGUUACCAGACUAUGAAGAGUUUAUCGAGCAACAUAACAAGCUUGGCGAACAAAUUUAUUACGACUUCGUUAAUGCGGAAUGGACAUACUGGCUGAAUGAAACUUCGUGGAAUCAGGAGGAGAGCGUGCGUCAGAGCGCUAUCAAAUCUGCUUUUGACUCAGCAGAGGCUAAAAAAGCGAAAAGCUACUUUAUCUGUGCCAUUCCUAAUGCUACUAUUAAAAGGGAAAUGAGCACAAUCGCAACAGUAGAAAUAGUUCUGAAUGAAACCGAUAUGAAACGUUUCUACGAAGAUAUAAAUAACAUGAACAAUAUCUACAGUACUGCUUACAUUUGCAACCCGGCGCAUCCGGACUGUCACGAAAGUGAUACUGGCAAAAUGUACCGAUGGGAAUUCAACCCGACAUUAAGCAAAUUAAUGGCAACGUCGACUGAUUACGAUCUUUUGAAAUAUAUUUGGGUUGGAUGGCGCAACGAAACUGGAGUUAAAGAACUUCCUCUGUACAGAGAAUACGUUCAACUUGGUAACAAAGGAGCCCGAAAUGCCGGAUACGCAAAUAUGGGUAGCUCCUGGCGCUCAGUUUACGAAGACCCCGAGUUUACAACGCAGCUCGAGAAGCUCUGGGCUCAAGUGCUUCCAUUUUAUGAAGAACUGUUCGCCUACAUGCGUCACUUUCUGAAAUCUCGGUAUCCGGGCAAAUUCAGUACAACCGCACUGCCAGCGCAUAUCCUUGGAAACAUGUGGGCUCAGUCAUGGACCAAUCUCUUUGACGCCACGGCGCCAUACAGAAAUUUACCGUCAGUGGAUGUGACGGAAGAGAUGAAAAAGCAAAAUUAUACUCCAAAACUCAUGUUCGAGUAA